CUACCUCGGCCAAUGACUGAGCAUGGAGAAAUCAACCUUUCAGUCAUUGGUCAGUACGUGGAUUAUCUUGUGGAAAAACAGGGAGUGAGGAAUAUUUUUGUGAAUGGCACCACGGGAGAAGGCCUGUCUCUGAGCAUCUCAGAGCACCGCUGGGUCGCAGAGGAGUGGGUGACAAAAGGGAGGAACAAGUUGGAUCAAGUGGUAAUUCAUGUAAGAGCCCUGAGCUUGAAGGAGUCCCAAGAACUGGCCAAACAUGCAGCAGAAAUUGGGGCCGAUGGCAUCGCUCUUAUGGCGCCUUUCUUUCUCAAGCCACAGAACAACGAUGACCUCACUGCUUUCCUAAAGGAGGUGGCUGCUGCUGCCCCGGCACUGCCAUUCUAUUACUAUCACAUCCCUGCCUUGACAGGGGUAAAGAUUCGUGCUGAGGAGCUGCUGGAUGGGAUUCAGGAGAAGAUCCCCACCUUCCAAGGGCUGAAAUUUAGCGACACAGAUCUCCUAGACUUCGGACAGUGUGUUGAUCAGAAUCGCCAGCGACAGUUUGCUUUCCUUUUCGGGGUGGAUGAG